AUGCAUCGCGCUUCUCCACAUAUCGAUUGUUUUUGUUUCGAGACGUGCAGGCCUACAACACUUGACAAUACUUUCAUGGCACUCAACCUGACAUUAGCGAGGAAAUAUGCCGAGCAUAAACAGAGUUCUGGUAAUUUGUGGACGCAUAAUUCGCAGGUCGGAGGCUCGAAAAGAGAUGGAAGUCCGCAGAGGUCAGAACUAAGGUCCGAAUUUCACCAGAACUACAUGUAUAGCACACCACAAAGGCGAUUUUACGAAUCUAACAGACUUCUGGCGAGAAGAAGCACCUCAAAAAUGCCCGGCACAUUCAGGUCGCCAAUCAAAUCACUUCGUAGUUUCGGGAGGAAUACCGGAACCGCCGGGAAGUAUCCCACAUUCGACCUCAAUGAUCCCAGAAAACCACGAAAAUACAGAAUAACUAAAGAGCCUGUUAAGACACAGAACAAAAAUCAUAAAGGUGUUCUACAUGGCUUGUGGCAAUUUGCAAAGACUCUUGGAGCAAGAACCCAGGAUACGAGGUUGCAAGGGUCGCUGGCCACCACGUUAGCGCCGAGUAGUCAUGACCGAGGAAACUCAUAUGUUGAUAUUGAAAGCCUUCUUGAAUUAAAGGGUACGAGGAGGACUGUGCAAGAUGUCGAUCUAGUCGAGGAUUCUAUAAAACAAGCAAAAGAGCAGCAAAAGACGAAAACCCAGGCGGAGUCGGUAAAAGCACUCAUUGCUGAACUACAAGACGAGAAAAAGAAAGCUCUGGAAUUGAAGGCAUCAUUUGAGAAGCAAGCACUGCAAAUGAAAUUGGACUUCAGGAACGAGUUAGAUAAAGCUACCGAAGCGAUACGAGAUCUAACCACGAAGACUGCAAAAAAAUACGGUACAAUGACAGAUAAUGAUUUGAAAACAAUUGAGAGCAAACUUUUCAAAGAAAAUGAGGUCUUCCUCACCUCAAAACAUGAAACCGAGUCGAAGCAUAGAGCCAUUUUGAGAGAGAUUGAAGAAAAGCAGGCUGAACUAGACAGAAGAGAGCGAAAACUUGAGCACAGUCAAGAAUCAUCUGAAAACUCUUUUAGGUUGUUGCAAAUCACACUCGAAACAAUAAAAAAGGAAAGCAGCCAAAAUGCGUCGGUUCUAACAAAGGAAUUUGAAUUUGUUGCAGCCUCAAGAAGAUUGAAUACGGAAUAUGGGAAAAACUUAUUGAACCUCAUAGAAGCAACUGAAUCUAGCAGUCAACUAAAACCUCUGAGAAUUUUGGCCUGUCUUUUGUCUGAAGAUUCUCCCAUCACCAAAAGUUAUGAUGUGAGUAGCCGAAAAAUGGCUGAGUUUAUUACAGAGACAUAUGACAAAGUACAGAGAUGUCAAGAAUUCUUGGCUGAUUGUGAUUUGAAUCUUCUUCAGAAUACAUUUGGUACAUGUCGGUUCUUUGAUUUUGACCAAAAAACUCUUAACAGAAUUGAGACUUGUUUCAGUGGGAUCCAAAAAAUAAACCACCAAAAAUCACAGAAAUUGAAAGAUCACGUCAAAGAGAAUUUUAAACUCCUCUCCAAAUUGGAGCUGAUUAUAUCCACCCCAGAGAAUUUGGCUGAGAGCUUAUGUGCAUUCGUCAGAAAUAUUCACCUAUUUGUCACUCAGAGCCAACUUCUAAAUCUCCAGAAAGACAUAAACAAUUUGUUGAGAAGUUUAAAAAUUUUGGAAGUGAAAAGUGGAUACAAAAAAGAAGUCAAUUUGUUUGAAACUUGA